GCCACCGCGCGCGCGCAUGGAGCGGCCGGCAGCAAGGAUCGUAAUCAUCCUCGUCACUUUGCUCACGCUUUGGAGCAGCGCCGUUGCCGUUGCAUCGCCGUCGGCGGCGCCGGUGCGGGUCGGCGUGGUGCUGGACCUGACGAGCGUGGGGAGGGAGAGGCGCGCCUGCAUUUCCAUGGCGUUGGACGACUUCCACGCCGCUCACGCCGGCUCCGGCGCCGCGCGGAUCGAGCUGCUCGUACGAGACUCGCGCGGUGAUCUGACCACGGCCGCACAUGCUGCCGAGGACCUGAUCAAGAAUAGGCAAGUGCAAGCCAUCAUAUGGGGCCCUGCGACACUAACCAAAGAAGAUCAUGUCACACACCUGGGCCGUCGCCGCAACCAAGUCCCUGUUCUCUCCUUCCCCAGCAUUUCUCCAACAUCGUGUGCCUUUUGGCUGGAAGAUUCCGUAACAGUUCCUUGGGGCUAUGCAAAAUUUGGCUUUACACUUGGAAAUGACAGUAUAACCUUUCCUAACUCACAAACCGAUAGAAGAUACAGAAGAAAACUAGAUACAAGAAAAUCAAGCAAGAGUUGCAGAGGUAAAAGGCUAAAGAUUGCCGUGCCGCACAAACCAGGUUUUCAAGUUUUUGUGACUGUUACUAAUCCUAAUUCCAAGAAACAACAUGUCACUGGCUACAGCAUUGAUAUCUUUGAGGCUGCUAUGAGGAAUUUACAACCUCGUCCGUGCCAUAAAUAUGUUGCGUUCGACGGUACUUAUGAUGAGCUAGUAGGCAACGUGUCUUUGGGGGUGUAUGAUGGAGCAGUAGGCGAUGUGACCAUAACCGUGGAAAGAGAGACCAUAGCCGACUUCACAGUACCAUACACACAGCCUGGUGUGUCUAUGCUUGUGCUUCCUGAGGAUAAAACAGAUGCAAUAAUCUGUUGGGCAUUUGUAAAGCCACUAACAGGGAAGCUUUGGUUUGCAACCAUGGUCUUCUUCUUCUAUACUGGCUUUGUCAUUUGGAUGAUUGAACUACCCAGAAAUCAGGAGUACCAAGGAUCAAGGUCAAGACAGUGUAGCACUGCCCUCUACUUCGUUUUCUCCACUUUGACAUUUUCUCAUGGUCAUACUAUUAGAAGCCCCUUGUCAAAAAUUGUUGUGGUGAUAUGGUGCUUUGUAGUGCUGGUUCUUGUCCAGAGCUACACAGCAAGCCUGUCAUCCUAUCUGACUGCAAAGAGGCUCCGUUUGACAGAUUUUGAGAAGCUCCGGCAGAGUGGUGACUAUGUAGGAUACCAAGAUGGUUCAUUUGUGCGAUCCUUCUUGCUGAAUCAUUACAUCAGUGAAAAGAGGUUAAGGAAGUACACCACGAAAGAAGAAUAUGCUGUUGCUUUACGGAAGGGAUCCAAGAAUGGAGGGGUGUCGGCUAUUGUUGAUGAGAUCCCUUAUUUAACUUCGUUCCUCUCUGACGAUCGGUACAAAAAUGAUUUUACUAUGCUUGGAUCCAUAUACAAGACUCCUGGAUUUGGUUUUGCAUUUCAUCUAGGUUCUCCGCUCGUUCAUAAUCUUUCAACUGCCAUCCUGAACCUAGCAGGAGGGGAUGAGGGAUCAAGAAUCGAAGUGAAAUGGUUUGGCACAACUUCAUCGCCGAUAGAUGCUGGCACAAUCCCAGACACUGAUUCAGCGCCUCUUACUUUAGAAAGCUUCUCUGGUCUCUUCGUCAUCACUGGAUCCAUUUCAACUCUCAUGCUGCUGAUAAGCAUAAUGAGGUUGAUUCAUGCCAGAUGCACUAAGUUGAGAAAGGCUGAUGUGGAAAGUGUCAGCUACAGUGGCACCAACGAUGAGUCCCAUCUGUUGCAGAAUGGCAUAGGUGACAACCCCAGCCCUGAUCAACAAUCCUUCCAUGAAGCUGGCAAUAAUAAUUCCGGGGGCGUCCAUAUGAGCGGCGAAAAUGUUGGAGACACAGAGCCUGACCCAUUGCAGCAGAAUGGCAUGCAUGGUGGCUCUGUCCCUGCAGGACACAUUCAGAUUGAGAUGCACAAUGUCUAAGGUAAAGGGAAGCGCAGAUGCUCAUGAGUACUUCCCUCGUCAUUGAAGUGAUGCUGCAUUCCAUAUCUUGGACUAUAGAGGACUUGGUUUUUUCUCUCUUCCGCGCUCUCUUGGAAAGAAGAGGUAGAUGUUCAGUGUGCAUAUUCUCUUUAGACAAUAUACUUAUGUUUUCAAAGUAGUACCG